GCGAUUAGUCACGUCUGAUCGGUAGGGUCCAUAAGACAACCAAGCGCAGGACGAAUGAAUGAGGAAAUUUCGUAAAUCACUGCCGUGUUAAAGAAGUAGAAGGAGCGUACAGGGUAGACAACUAUGUGGUGUCAAAGGAGAAGGCAAGAUAUAUCGACUGGGAACGCCCGCUAAUCUGUUGUGAUUGAAAGUACUUUCGCUAUCGUAGGUGGAUCAGACAGUAAUUGUCACGAUAUCCGCUUUAGUCCGACUUAAUUCCAUGACAUUCAGGAAGAACUCUACAGUUGUGGAUGUCGCAAUUUGAAAAUAGCUCACACGAUGUCUGUGAUCUCUUUCCUGCGCUGGACCAUGAGGCGGUGCAGCACACCUGUUAUUGUUCAGAUCCUCCAGAAAAGCACGCUAUCAGGUGCAGAGGCCAUCACUGCACUCCGGCCCUUCUACUUUGCUGUGCACCCUGACUUUUUCGGCCAGCAUCCCAGGGAGAGGGAGGUCAAUGAGAACUCUCUCAAGAGGCUCAAUGGCUAUUUGGAAAACCUUCAGAAGCCGGGAACUCGCUCCCUUAAACCGACCAAGCUGACCUUUUACGUCAGGGACACGGCGGAGAAAAAGGAUGAGAUUCUUGACUCGGGGUUCCGCUCUGUCAGCUUCACGCUGCACACUAAGGAUGUGCUGAGCACUGUGGUGGACGUGCUCCGCUCCUGCAGCCUGUCCAUGGAGCACAUGGAGGGUCUGAAGUCUAGUGCUGAGCCGGACAUCCGCUCCCAGGAGACUGCAUCUGCCUUCUACAGACCCAUCAGAUGGGACAAGUCCUACUACGCCUUCACUGGGUACAGAGACCCCGAGGAGGAGCUGGAACAGGCCAAGAGAGUGGAGCCCACACUCAGCCUGUGGCUCAGGAAUAAUGAAGCGCAGGCCACAGAGAAGCAGAAGACCAGCCUGCCCCGCAGAGAGGAGCUGAAGAGGCUGAAGAAGGAGCUGUGCCACAAACUGGGUCUGACUGACAUCAGGUGGCAGCGUAGCUGGGGGGUUGCUCACAGAUGCUGUCAGUUGCAGAGUUUGAGUCGCCUCUCACAGCAGAACCCUGUGUCACUCCACAACUUACAAGGGCACACGCUGGUAUUCACAGACCAAACAGGGAUGAACUCUUCUGGUCAUGUGAUGCUCGGGACAAUGGACGUCCAUCACCACUGGGCAAAACUCUUUGAGCAGUUGCCUAGUUACCGGGCCCUACUACAGCAGACAGAGUGGCUGAAGGAGAGGAUCAGCCUUCUGCUGGGGGGAAUCCAGGUGAUCCACAUUGAGAGGCGGGGCCCCCUGCUGGCCCUGGAGGAGCACUACAGCUCCCUCAGUGCCUUCCAUAAGAGACUCCUGCCCCGCCGACCUGCCCUGCAUCCCCGCAGUCUGCAGGACCUGGCCAUGUCUCUGGAGAGUGACCGCACCAGCCCCAUCCUGCACGAGCUGGGACACUUCAUCGUCCCCACGGCCUGCGAAACCCAGGAGCUGCAGUCUGUGCUGCAGAGCCAAGCCCAGGAGGCCAGGAGACGCGUCAAACGGCGAGAGCAGCUGGAGGCCGAGGAGCAGGAGGUGGUGCGGUCGUGCCGGGCGGAGCUGUCCCUCCGGAGCCUGCAGAAGGAGGCGGGCGUGUCCAGCCAGCAGAUGAUCCCGUGCUGCAGACGGCUGCUGGAGGAGCGCCCGGCGCAGCUGCAGGGCCUGCGUCUCUGCGUUUCCCACUUCUACUCCGUCCAGCAGGACGGCGACCUCUGCAUCCCCUGGGACUGGAAGGGCUGAGAGGCGCCCGGGCCGGGGGGGGGACACGCACGGCCAAGCGCCUGAGCGCUUUAACCCCCGCGGCUGCCCAGGUCAUCACUGCAGCCGGAGCAGCAGUAGAGUUAGAAGCCUAAGAGAAGUCACAACGGCACUUUCUAAAUUCAGUAAACUUUCUGUUGCUGAGGUCAGAGAGGAACAAAAUUUUUUUGUAAAAUUAAAAAUGUACUAAAGUACUUCCACUUAAAUUGACCACAUGAAAUGGCAGAACAGCAGAAUUGGAGAUUAAGGAUAAACCCUCAUCUUCAGAGACAGGGGACACAAAAAUGUGAGGGACAAUUUUCUGUUGUUAAUUCACAUUACUGGCUGCUGUCAGAUACCCUGCUGAGAGUACUUCUGUACUGAAUCUCCUGGUUUAGUUCUCAAGCCUUCGGCUGCUGGGAUCAUAUUUGUCUGGGUGUCUUGUUAAUUUGGGAUGUAAAUCUGUUUGUUUCUGUCUGUCUGAUUGGGAGGCAACCUUCCAGUGUGUGUCAGAUGGUGUGCACGUUUCUGUCGUCAGCAGUUUUCAGUCGUGUCAUUUUUCACAAUCAGGGUGUGGUACUCCCUAUGAGGUCUACCUGUUUUAUCAGCAGCACAGCUUCAUGCUUAGGUUUUUUAUAAAAGUUUUAAUAGGUGGCCACAGAUACAGUACAAUGUCAAAGAUGUCACAAGUGUUUAAUACAUUUCCAUUAGAUGGAGCUCUUUCUCCAUGUGAAGUAUUUCAGUUCAG